CUUAGUAAGGGCCAAAGUGUACUGGAUAAACUCAGUUUUCUGUCUCCACCCAGUUGAAGACCUGGUGGCAUUAUUGACUAGCUCUCUGCUCACUCCUGGUCUUGUCACUUUCAAUGGAAUUGCUCUGGUAACUUGUCACAUAAUCAAGUCCUUUUUGUCUGCGAUUGUAAUUUUUUUCUGGGCUAACCGUAUCUUCUUUCAUCGCACUUUCCUGACCAAGGAUUGGGUGGGGACCUCAAGGAAAGUCAGCCAUCUCCCUCACCCCAAUUGGAAAGAGCCUUCCUCUGAGCUGUGUAAGCUCAGGAUGGCAACAAAUUCCGGGGCCCUUGAAGCCUCGGCUGGCCAGGCUGCGGAGGAUCAAGGGGAGAUCAUCAAAGUAAAGGUUAAGGAAGAAGACCAUAUUUGGGAUCAGGAAUCCUGCCUACAAGGGAAUCUGUCUCAGACCAGGGAACACUCUCGCCAGCGCUUCAGGCAUUUCUGCUAUCAGGAGACACCUGGACCCAGGGAGGCGCUAAGCCAACUUCGGGAACUUUGCCACCAGUGGCUGAGACCAGAGAUGCACACCAAGGAGCAGAUUCUGGAAUUGUUGGUGCUGGAGCAGUUACUGACCAUCCUGCCCGAGGAGCUCCAGGCCUGGGUGCGAGAGCACCAUCCUCAGAGCGGAGAGGAGGUGGUGACUGUGCUGGAAGAUUUGGAGAGGGAACUGGAUGAACCUAGACGACAGGUCCCACAAGGCCCAUUUGGGCAGGAAGUUUCUAUGGAAGAAAUGGCUCCUCUGGAAGCUACAAAGGAACCCUUAGGUACCCAGCUCCAGUCUUUGGAAGACAGGAUGGACUGUGACUCUCCAGAGCCACACACACUUCAAGAUAAUGGUGAGGAUAAUAGUGUCUGGAAGGAAGAUGAGAUUUGGGAGAGGAAAGGUUCUAGCCACUGAAAAUUUUCCAAACUUCAUCCCAUUCACACUUCUACUGAAUAUGG